GGACGCACAUUCCAAGGCACACCCAGGAGAAUUAAUAUAACAGAUUCUGUGAUCUGGAAUUAAUAUCAGGAACACCUUUCCUCAUGCUGCUUAACAGAAAUGCUGGAAAAUCUUUUUUAAUAAUGAAAUUCCUAAAAUUCUGAUGUGUGAAUCUUCAAGCUGAAUAUGGAAAAUGAGGUCUUGAAAGUUAUUCAAAUGCUUCUGGAACAAGCCUGAAUUAUUGUGAGGGAAGCAAUCUGGGAGUUUAAAAUAUAUUAUUAAACUUGCAUUCUGGAUGAAGCAGUCAAAACUUGCUGUGUGAUGUGACAAUAGUAGCUGAAGACAUGGAAAUUGCUGCUCAUAGAGUUGUAUUAGCAGCUUGCAGUCCGUACUUCCAUGCCAUGUUUACAGGUGAAAUGAGUGAAAGUCAAGCAAAGAGAGUACGAAUAAAGGAAGUUGACGGUUGGACCCUUAAGAUGCUCAUUGAAUAUGUUUACACUGCUGAAAUUCAGGUUACAGAGGAAAAUGUACAGGUACUUCUCCCAGCUGCUAGUUUGUUGCAAUUACAAGAUGUAAAGAAGAGUUGCUGUGAUUUUUUGGAAACCCAGCUUCAUCCUGUCAACUGUUUGGGCAUCCGUGCUUUUGCUGAUAUGCAUGCAUGCACAGACCUUCUGAACAAAGCCAACACAUAUGCAGAACAGCACUUUACUGAGGUUGUACUUAGUGAGGAAUUUCUGAAUCUUGGUGUAGAACAAGUAUGCAGCUUAAUAUCCAGUGACAAACUAACAAUCUCAUCUGAGGAAAAGGUAUUUGAAGCAGUGAUAGCUUGGGUUAAUCAUGACAAAGAUGUGAGGCAAGAGCUCAUGGCACGUCUGAUGGAACAUGUUCGCCUGCCGUUGCUCUCCCGAGAGUAUUUGGUUCAGAGAGUUGAAGAGGAGGUGCUAGUUAAAAACAGCAGUGCAUGUAAGGAUUACCUCAUUGAAGCAAUGAAGUACCAUUUGUUGCCACUUGAGCAAAGAGCACUGAUGCAAAGUACACGAACCAGACUCCGAACACCUGCCUGUCUUCCAAAACUGCUGAUGGUGGUUGGAGGACAAGCACCAAAGGCCAUCCGCAGUGUGGAGUGUUAUGAUUUUAAAGAGGAGCGUUGGCACCAAGUUGCUGAGCUGCCUUCCAGAAGAUGCAGAGCAGGCGUGGUUUACAUGGGAGGACUGGUUUUUGCUGUUGGUGGUUUCAAUGGCUCCUUGAGAGUUCGGACAGUGGAUUCGUAUGAUCCUGUGAAGGACCAGUGGACAACUGUCGCUAAUAUGCAAGACAGAAGAAGCACUUUGGGAGCGGCUGUAUUAAAUGGGUUUUUGUAUGCUGUCGGAGGGUUUGACGGGAGUACAGGUUUAUCUUCAGUAGAAGCCUAUAAUAUGAAGACUAAUGAAUGGUUUCAUGUGGCUCCAAUGAAUACAAGGAGAAGUAGUGUUGGUGUAGGUGUAGUUGGAGGUAUGCUGUAUGCAGUUGGUGGUUAUGAUGGUGCAUCACGUCAGUGCCUUAGCACAGUGGAAUGCUAUAACUAUAGUUCAAACGAAUGGACCUACAUUGCAGAAAUGGGCACUAGACGUAGUGGAGCAGGUGUUGGUGUCUUAAACAACUUAUUGUAUGCAGUAGGAGGUCAUGAUGGCCCUUUAGUUAGAAAAAGUGUUGAAGUGUAUGAUCCUGCCAUCAAUACAUGGAAGCAGGUUGCAGAUAUGAACAUGUGUAGGAGAAAUGCAGGAGUUUGUGCUGUAAAUGGACUCUUGUAUGUAGUUGGAGGUGAUGAUGGUUCCUGUAACUUGGCAACAGUAGAAUAUUAUAAUGCAACAACAGAUAAGUGGACAGUUGUAUCCUCAUGCAUGAGUACUGGAAGGAGCUAUGCAGGUGUUACUGUUAUUGACAAACCAUUAUGAGUUGGCAAAUACGUUUCACCUUGAUUAUGUACUAGAAGCAAGCCUCAAUGUUGUUGACUGGGCAUCAAAGCGCUGCUCAACUUAUGGCUGCACAUUGAAACAUGUUGGAAGCUGUGAUCUGCUACAAUUAAGGAUGAAAAUGAAGAUUACUCUAGAUUGAAGCAACCUGUAGCAUUCUUUGACAUUAAGCUGCAUCCAACUGAGAUGUAGUAAAGAUGUGUGAACCACAGUUAUUUUGCUGGAUCUCUGGACAAAAUUUCUUAUGGACCAAUCUUGUCUGUCAUGGUUGACUGGACUUUUUGUGUAUGUGAGUGAAAGAUAAAUGGUGUGUCUUGGUGAAGGUAAAUGUCUUUUUCCAAAGAAAAAGAGACAUAUCCAUGAACUGCAGGUUUUCAGAAAAGGUAUUAAAUUCUCAGCUCAGUUCAGUAUAAGCUGGCAUGAGAACCUGGUUGCUUUUCUAAAUCAUUUUUUGUUAUAUAACUACUGUAUGCAUAUUAAGUGUGUGUAAGUAGCUUUCCUUUAUACUUGUUUGGAAUUUGAUUAUAAUAUUUAUAAUUGGCAUGGUACUUUGAAGUAUGCCAGUCCUAUGUUGUAAAACAGAGGUGUAUAUUUUGAUAUUUACCUAUGCUUUAGCAUUAACAAAUGCCACAGAACAUACACAAAAUACAGUGCUCCUGCAACAUGUGUAAUGCCAAAAUGUUCUUAACUUAUGUACUUACUGUCCUUAUAUUUACCAAGAUUCUCCUUCAUGUUUGGCUAUAACUGUGUCCAUAGGGUUAAAACUUGGCAUGGACAUAAUUGCAGAUUUAUAAUGAAUGUAUGGAGCUCUGUUUUACUUGCAUGGCAUUUAAAACUCUUCCUGUGUAACUUUAGCUGCUAUUAAUGACAAUGUAUUGUAUGUGAACAUGUUUGUAUAUUUUAAAAAAAGGCAUUCUGAUGUUUUAAAUAUGACCACAAUUAUUGUCAUUUUGACCUAUUUUCUUUAAUAAAACUUUACAUAUUUGUGUUUUCUAAAA